GAAGGACACACCUUCCGUCGUUUUCGGUAAAGUUUUUAUGGGAAUGCGUUUUGCUUCACGAAGACGUGUUGUUAUUAUUCCAAGAUCUGAAUCGUGUCUUUAGUUUGCAGUUUUCGCAGUUUUGCGCGAAGGUUACGCGGCUGCCCCUCUGGCUAAAAUGACUGGAGUUUUUGAGAAUUUAAAUACUGAUAUGCAUUCGAACCAGAUUACCUCAAGCAAUUACCACGGCUUGCACAAAUCGCAGGAGUCCCCAACUCUGCCGGUAUCGACGGCGACGGACAGCAGCUAUUACAACAGCCAGCAGCCUGGGCAUUGCGCAGGGUCACCGUUUGGCCAACUCGGCUCCUAUCAGUACCACGGCAGCGCGAUGAGCUCUGUCCCGUAUAACGCCAAGUCAUACGACCUUGGUUUCAACUCAUCUUAUGGUGCAUACAGCUCCUACGGCUCCAACUCCUCGCCUACUCCAGCCGAAACAGAGAAAGAAGAGAGUGAGCCAGAAAUCCGGAUGGUUAAUGGAAAACCAAAGAAGGUCAGGAAACCUCGAACCAUUUAUUCAAGCUUCCAACUGGCUGCUCUUCAGCGGAGGUUUCAGAAGACGCAGUAUUUGGCUCUACCGGAGCGGGCCGAGCUGGCAGCCUCGUUGGGCCUAACGCAAACACAGGUCAAAAUAUGGUUCCAAAACCGCCGUUCCAAGUUCAAGAAGUUGUGGAAAAGUGGAGAAAUCCCUCCAGAGCAACAUGUUGCUUCCAGUGAAUCUCCCCCCUGCAACUCUCCGCCAACUACUGCCUGGGACUUUCCACAGAAUCAAAGAAUGAACAAUGUCAACUCCAGUUUACCUCAGAGCAGCAGCCCCCCCAACACGACUGCGCCUUCUUCUUUUUUGGCAAACUACUCCUGGUAUUCAACUACGAACUCUACGGCGCAUCUGCAGCCGCCCCUGGUCCAGCACCACCACAACUCUGCGAUAAGCGCUGGGACGAUAUUCUAGAAACUGUUGGGUUCAAAUCGGACAAUACUGGUGAAAAAAAGAGAAAUGCCAAUACCUUCAUUUGACAGACCUCGUGUGUGUGUGGAUGUGUGUGUGUGUACCAUGCGAACUUUACACGCAAGCAUUUAGGACAAGUUAAUGGAGCCAGACAGGUUCAUGGACUUUGCCAAUUUUCGCACUGGCAAAAAUGGUAGACACAGAUUUCUACAGUUAUUUUUGUAUUUAUUUAUUUUGUUUAUGUCGAGGGAUGAAUGAACCACUAUUACCCAAAGCAAUCACAGCCUAGGCCCAAGCCUACUUUUAUGCGGACGUCACUUUUUUGCAUUCCUGCGACUAAAAUAUUCAUUGCAGGAAUAACUGUCACAAAUGUAGCACAAUUUAACUGUAUCGUGCCUUUUCAAUAUGACCUCAUUUUGUUGUACGAUAAGAAAAAAACAGCUUACGUUUAUCCAUUCCUCAUAUCAUUGGUUGAUUUGCUUUCUAAGGGUAAGUGUCUGAAUCCAUCUUUGUAAAUAUUUUGCCACAGCUUUUUGAUAUGUCGCUUUGACUCUUUUAUAGGCUUUUUGGUGCAAAACCCAUUAAAUAUCGUAAGCUACUGAUUGUCCUACCCUCUCAUUUACCUGUAUCACACUUAAUUGUAUUUUUUGUCUUAUUUAUUUUUAGCAGUGUUCCAUAUAUGA